GAAGAUUGGUCGUGCUUUUGGGACCAAAGAAGUACAUCUAGAUAUCUUGUUGGCCAGCCUUGGUGUCAAGACUCAGAGCAGCCUCAUAAUCAGUUCCAUGGUGCGGCACGUGCACACCUAAUUUAUGUUUGUUUGUCAGAGUAAGGAGCAACUUGCAGGUCGUGUUUGUAGAGACUUUCUUUAGAUAGGACAUGUUUGGAAAAAAAACUACCCUGAGUAUCUGAACCCUACAAAUUUGGGAUGAACCCUACGUUUUUGUCGUGUUUGGAGGCACAAGGUAGUUACUCACAAUUGAAAAACAAUGCAAUGGGUGUUCAAGAACACGGCCUUCUCCCGCAGUGUGGAGGGCGACCGGCCUCUCGUGGCCAAGCAUUUCUGGGGACCACGUUCAUCCCCUGGCUGGUGCGGCCCUGGCGGUCUGGCUGGCGUGGUCUGUUGUCACGGGAGGUUCUUAUGGCACAUGCGGCAUCAUGCGCAAGCACAGCGGAGGAAGAGGUGGAUUCAUGGAUGGGCGAACCGAGGUGAAGCUUGCAAUUCGUUGCAGCUUUCGCCCACGGACCUGGAGGCUAUGGCAAAGAGAAUCUCAGCGGUGCAACCGAGUGGUGAAGAAGUUGUUCUUGAAGUCAAGCCAGACACGCGCGUCCAGGAGCUGAAGCAGCAGAUCAAGGAGAGACAGGUUUGGGAUGAACUUACAUGCAAGACUACAGGUGUUGAGAUCGUUGUCGGAGACCACCAAUUCCUCGCCAAUGAUGCAAAGGUCUUGGACGCAGUAAGCCCUGAUACUACUGUGAGUGUUGUUUUUAGAUCAAACGCGGUGCGAUGCUCCAACCAAGAUGCGAUCACCAGUCUGGGUGGUGUCAUAGAUUCGGAGCUGUUGCUUGCAGUCGAAAUCCCAAGCGAUGAAACUAAAAUUUCUGAUAAGGCCUUUGCGGGUUGCGAUACCCUGGCUAGAGUGACCAUCCCGGACUCGGUGACUCAUAUUGGGGAAUUUGCCUUUGCGGAGUGCAGCUCUUUGGAGAACUUGACGAUCCCAGACUCAGUGACCCACAUUGGAGUUUGUGCUUUUGCAGAAUGCAGCUCUUUGGUGAGCUUGACCAUCCCGAACUCAGUGACCCACCUUGGGGAUGGUGCUUUUCAGGAUUGCAGCUCUUUGGUAAACUUGACCAUCCCCAACUCCGUGACCCGCAUUGGGCGUGGUGCCUUUAUGGAUUGCAGCGAUUUGGCGAGCCUGACCAUUCCGGACACCGAUGGACUAUUUAUUCAACAGUGUCGUUGGCACCGUCCCUGCGUGAGGCUGCUGUGAUGACAUCACUUCGAUCUUGGUGGAGCUGAGGGUUUUUUAGCCGUUUGCUGAAAGUUCGGGCUAUGUUCCGUUUCAGCCCCAAUACACGUGCCAUCACUGUACAUAUGCUGCCCUUGUGAAACCGUUGAUCGCUCAAAAACAGGGUGGUCAGUUCGGUACUUGGUAGGUUGGGGGGUUGGAUUGCUGGAGGGACAUGCAGCGCCCCAGAGCGCCCCGGAGCGGAUCGAAACCGGACCUUCAGAGUCAAUGGCCCUCGUUCAGCAAAUGGAGCGCGACUAGAUUCUGAAGUGGAGAUUCCUUCGACCACCUUUGCAGGUGUUCCAAAUCCGCACCAUGGAACAAAACGGUUGAGACACUACUCGCGAAGCCCGCGAGGCACUUGAGUCGGCUCGAGCAUCGAUAUUUGUUUUUCACGUGUG